UUCCGCAAUCUGCAAACCGCCCCAAUUACCGAACGAACCCCGAAUUUGCUCAUCUCGUUUCAAUAAUACGACACCCUACCUUACAAAACAGCGCAUUUCUCAUGAUGAAGACCUCGUUCCUCUUGUAAUAACAAUGAGUUCUCACCAACGCAGCUCGAUCGUCUUCCUCCAGCAAUAUUCCUGCUUAAUUUCGCUCAGUUGAUUCGGUAGCAACUCGUAGUGCGCGUUCACCGUAGUCUAUUUAGAUAAAACCCGUCGUCUGUUUGUUUACCCGCGAUAAUGAAAUCGGUUUAGUGAAAACAGAAAACCGUUUUUAUGAAAUAUGUUGACGUGUCGAAGUUCCUCCGCCCCACAACCACACAUUCGCCCCGGCUUACAAUUUGUUGUUGCUAAAUUAAUUAAGAAGCUCGCUAAUUUCAUCUAAACGUUCCAUUAAAAGCUAAUUUUACACUGCUCUGUCUCUAAUAACAGAAAUGGAAUUGUUAUGAAAAUGUUCGGCAGCCCGCUGUUUGGGGAACGAGGUCGUAAUUUUGUUAUCGCGGAGCCCCGGAGGGGCUAAAUAUUUAUAAAAGGAAAUCUGACGCGAGAAUUAAAAUAACCACCAUCUAUUUGUUAUCUUCGUUAUCUUUGUCGUUUAUUUCAUUGAUUAAACAGUCAGUCAUUCAUUUACGCGAAAUGUACUAAAUUCGGCUUAAGGUAGAAGAAAGAUGGUGACGAGCGAGUAAAAUGUGGAACAAGAAGGGCCUGUACAGGAUCCAGGAGAGCAAAAAGAUACCUGUGACGUUGUGUACGCUGGGGGUUGGAGCAACUUUCGGCGAAUCAAUCCUUCAGGAUCUGCCAAGGGAUACGACCGUCGUUACGCAAACAACGUGCGAAUUGUUGCGGGUCGAACAGCACGAUUUCAAACUUAUAUGGGAGAAAAACAAGGAGCUGAUGAACGACUUGGUCUCCAACUGUAAGCUGAAAAACGGCUUCGGCACGGUGAGCGGGACAAAAGGCGGCGGCAUGCAGCAGCCUCUAUCGCCGCCUCCUCGACGAUCAAUGUCUCCAGAUCAACCAAAUCCAGCCGAACCAAUAACGGAAUCUCCAAGUACAAUAAUCGGGAGAACAGGAUGGGCGCUGAGGACUCUACUCCUCUCCCAAAAUACCUGUCUCAAAGACAGGAAAGUGUCCGGAAGGCUGGUGAGGAGGUGCGCUCCAGGGACCGAACUGGUGGAUUGGCUAUUAAGCCUGUCCUCCAGUAUCCACACGAGAGCUCAAGCCGCAGGAAUGUGGCAGGCCCUGCUGGAAGAAGGAGUCAUUUCUCACGUUAACAAGGAGCAACCUUUUAAGGAUAAAUGUUUCCUCUACCGAUUCUGGCAAGACGAGGAGGGCCCGACCUCACUUCCGCCGUUGGAGGAUGUUGCCACCGCAGAGGAACAAAUACAGGACUCCUUGGGGACACUGAUUCAUCGGGGUCCAGACGCCGUGCUCAGGAUGAUACUCAGGAAGCAGAGCCACGAAAGGACGUCCGACGAUUUGGAAACUAUCUAUGAAGAGCUGCUUCAUAUUCGAGCGUUGUCGCACCUGUCCAACUCCGUGAAGAGGGAGUUGUCGUCGGUUAUUGUUUUUGAAGCGCAUCCAAGGGCCGGGACUGUUUUAUUUCACCAAGGAGACGAGGGUAGAUCUUGGUACAUUAUAGUCCGCGGGUCUGUAGAUGUUGUGAUACACGGCAAAGGCACAGUUAAUACUUUGCACGAAGGGGACGACUUCGGCAAACUCGCCCUUAUCAAUGACGCCCCAAGAGCCGCCACCAUAGUUUUAAGGGAAAACAAUUGUCACUUCUUGCGCGUCGAUAAAGAAAACUUCAACCGGAUAUUAAGAGACGUGGAGGCAAACACCGUCCGACUGAAAGAACACGGCAAGGAUGUUUUAAUCCUGGAGAAAAUUAACACUCCGACUAAGCAAAUAUUCACCACGCACUUCAAAUAUACUGUGAUGGCGGGGACGCCGCAGAAGAUGCUGGAGCACCUGCUGGAAACGCGACUCGAUGGACGAGGGACCAUGGGCGGCGGGGACAAUUUUAUAAUCACGUCGGCGCAAGAUCCGUUCUUGGACGACUUUUUACUCACACACAUUGUGUUCAUUCCUACUCAUCAACUCGCCGCCGAGCUAGACGCAUAUUAUAGAAUAGAUUCGUCAAACCAAGACAAAGAGUUCGUUCUGGCGUGUAAACGGAGGGUGAUUCAGUUUGUUUACCGCUGGGUUACUACGAUCCGCCAGCCCGUGUUCGAGGACGACGUGGCCGUGGAGUUCCUGGAGGACUUGGCCUCCGAGCUGGAGUCCGACUGCAUCCAGUACAACGCCCUCCAAGAGGAGGCCUCGCUCAUGCACCACGUCAUGUCGCAGCUCAGAAGAUACCAAGAGGACCGCAAAGCCCACGAAGGCCAAAAAUGGAAACUCCCUCCGUGCGGCCAACCCAUCAGUCUCUUCACCGGAAACGACACCAACCGAACAAUAAUAAUGCCUCAGGACGACAUCAUUUUCAGGGUUUACUGUGCCGACCACACGUACUGCACCUUAAGACUUCCCGUGGACACGCCCGCCGAAGCCAUCAAGCUAGUGGCAGCCGAGAAGCUCAAGAUGCGCUCCAACGACGAGCUUCUGCUCGUCGAGGUGAAGUCCAACGGGGAGCGGGUCAUCUUCAAAGACAACGACAUUAGCAUACCUACGGCGCUCUCGAUAAACGGGAGGAUCUUCGUGUCGCCGAAGGACCACCUAGACGCUCUGACAUGCCUUUCGGAGCAGGAGGAGCACACGCAAGGCAUCGACGCCGACAUCGAGCUCUUCAGCACGAAGGAGCUGGCGUAUUAUAUGACCCUCUUCGACUGGGAUCUCUUCUGGUGUGUUCACGAGUACGAGCUCCUUUAUCACACCUUCGGCCGCCACCACUUCGGCCAGAUCACCGCCAACCUCGACGUGUUCCUGCGCCGCUUCAACGAGAUCCAAUUCUGGGUGGUGACCGAAAUUUGCAUGACAACUAGUCUCAGCAAACGCGUCGCUCUCCUAAGAAAAUUCAUAAAAUUAGCCGCAUACUGCAAAGAAUAUCAAAAUUUAAACGCGUUCUGUGCCAUAGUAAUGGGAUUAAGCAACGUAGCGGUGUCACGUCUGUCGCUCACUUGGGAGAAGCUACCGUCAAAAUUCAGGAAGCUUUAUACGGAAUUUGAAUCUCUGAUAGAUCCGAGCAGGAACCACAGGGCUUAUAGGGUGAGCGUCGGGAAGCUGCAGCCGCCCGUGGUCCCUUUUAUGCCCUUGCUGCUCAAAGACAUGACGUUCACCCACGAAGGGAACAAAACCAGCUUGGACGGGCUGGUCAACUUCGAGAAAAUGCACAUGCUGGCUCAGACCAUGAGGACCAUUCGAUUUUGUAGGAGUAGGCAUUUAGUUCUGGAGCCGCCAUCCCCCAAGAGCGAGGGAGAAGUGAAAUCCUACAUUUCGUGUUUACGGGUAGUUGACAAUCAAAGAGUGUUAACAAGCAUGUCUCAGAAACUCGAGCCGCGUCGAUCUUAGUGGCAUUAUGUCCUGUCGAGGAGAGUCAUCACUUACAUAGGCUGGAGGUGCUGGAUGGCGUGUCCGUUUCCUUUCUAUAAGCCGCCGCCUGCAUACGUGUAAACUCGCCUCGCCACGUCGACGACUACAUUGACGAGCAAGACGCACACGGAUCACCAGAUCCUGCACUCUACAGUGCAUAUUAUAAAUUAUAUUUUUACUAGGUAAUAUCUGCAUGAUGUAUUGGACGUUAACACUACUUAUCCUACAAGAAAUCAGAAUCUUAUGUCGAAUGAAAGAAUCAAACUUUCCACUUCAAGCUUUAAUCGCUUACUCGUUAGAGUAAGUCAAUCAUAGGUUACUGUGAAAACGAUAGCACUCGUAGCGUAAGUACAGAUAAGAAGAUCUACAUAUAUUCUUAUAAGAGUGGAUGCAAUUUUGGACACAUUUAUUACAAUAAUUAUGAAAUAAGAAGCAAUAACGUUGUGUUACUUGAACUAUUUCUAUUCGCACGCAGAUUUUAGAGAGCAGGUUUUUUUAGACUAAGACACCUUUUAUAACAAUUCUUCACAGAAUCAUACUUCACACGUUGUAAUUGUGAUGACUGCGCAGGACUUCGAAAUGGAAGUCCUGUGACUUUUGAACUGGGAUUUUCGACGGACUUGUAACGACAAUCAGGAGUGAUUUGUAGGUUUGUAAUUGCUUUUAUGAGUUAAUUGCGAACUACCUGAAGUGUGAAAAUCGUACCAACCAAUCGUAAUUAUUACCGAGACUAUAAAUUGCCAAAUUUGUAUUAUUUGUGUAUUAUAACUUUUUUAAUAAAUCUUGCUGUGUGAAAGAAAGUAUGCGAUUCGCGCGUUUUGACUUGUAUCCGACUUCAGUGGUUUCUUUGAUGUUAACUCGAUUCGUUUUUGGAGACUCCGUUAGUACGUAUUUAAAACGUUUUGUGUAUUUCGGUAUCCCUCCCGUUUUGGAAUAUUUCCACUGGAAAGUAUGUUUUGUUUAAUGAUUGUAUUAUUACCCGUCUCUCUUCAGUCCGCUGAAAAUAUUCCAAGAUAUGUCCUAGGUUUCACACAGAGUUUAGUUCAGCUUCAGUGCUUAUUGUAAAAAUUAUCUAAUGUGAUAUAAAAAAAUCAUAUUUGUGUGCAUAUUUAUAUUCUACAUCUAUUAGAUGCCCAUGCACUUAUUUAUUUUUUUAUAUUUUUACCUUGUCAUUUAUGACAGAAUUGUAAGGAAAACACUCCAAUGCAUGUUUUAUGGACGAUCUCUGUUAUAGUCAUCUUUUUACCUAGAGUUAAUUAAUUAACAUCUCCAAUUAUGUAUAUAUUUAAAUAGGUAAUUAAAUUUUUUAUCAUAACUUACUCCAGACAAAAUCGAGAAUAAAAAAUAUUAA